AUGAGACCGCUCUGCUUCCUUAUCCUCAUCAAUGAUGCCCGAAGUGAAACCCGUGCCCGCUGGAAAUAUGUUGACUACUCCACCAUUAGGAUCAAUUUACUGGUGAGGAGCGACCGUCACCUGGUGUUAGGUCUGUCAGCGGGUGUCGACGCCAUUGUCACGCUGCUCCUAAUAUUAGCUGUCAUCUUCUUCGCUGUCACCGCCUCUCUCUUCUUGGCUGUACAGAUCCAGGGGGAGAGCAUGGCCUUGGUAACACUGGGGAGUCAGGUGAUCAACUCAACAGUCGUGAACAACCCUCAGUUUCUGGAGCUACUGCCAGAGGGUCUUGGUGACGUGGUCAACUCUGCACUUGACGAGGGUUACCUCUACGGCCGGGAAUGGAUCGCCAGUAUGGUGCGAGGAAUGCUGGGAGAGACAGAUGACGACAAAGCCAAUAAUCUGGAGAAACAGGUUGUUGAGCUGUGGGACCGAGUAUACCAGGCAUGGGUGGCAGCUCACCCCCAGCCUCCAAUGAGAGGCCCAGUUGUCACUUCAGAAGCUGUUGCCAUGACUUUUGACUCACUCGUGGAGGGGCUACGCAAGACUCCAGUUGAGGGAGAGGAACUAGUUGCUGCCACAGGUAUUGUGAGUUUCUCAUUUGUGAGUGAUGUGGUACGGGACAACCUGGGUACUGUGGUGAGUGUGCUAGAGUCAGUGUGGACCAUCCUGCUGGGCAACCUGAGCCUAGCCAUGUCUGCCCUCACAACUGCUGCUUCCCUAGUGUUCAGUGGCUCCCUCUCUCUCCUCAAUGCUCUCAUCAGUGUGGUGAUCUUCAUGUCUUCACUGUUCUAUGUACUGAGUGCAAGUGACUCUGUCUACAAGCCAGUUGCAGUGAUGGCCAACCUCGCCCCUGGCCAGAUGUACCACCUAGGGAAGGCCGUGGAGGACGCUGUGAAUGGUGUGUUCAUCGCCUCCCUCAAGAUGGGAGCCUUCUAUGGCAUGUGGACCUGGCUGCUCCACUCCCUCUUCUCCACCAACAUUGUUUAUAUUCCCUCUGUUUUGGGUGCGGUGUUUGGUGCGGUGCCACUGGUGGGUACGUACUGGGCUGCACUACCCGGGGUGCUGGAGCUGUGUUGGAGUCGUGGCUCACCAACACUUGGUGCACUCCUCUUUGGUGCUCAGCUGUUGCCCAUGUCUUGUGUUGACACUGCCAUUUAUGCUGAUAUAAAAGGGGGAAGUCAUCCCUAUCUGACCGGCUUGGCAGUGGCCGGAGGCAUCUUCUAUUGGGGUGCUGAGGGGGCCAUAUUGGGACCACUGCUACUGUGUAUCCUUAAAGUAGCCACCAACAUGUACUCAACCCUCAUCCAGUCUCCGGGAGACAUGACGCGACGCUUCGGGAGACUCCGCAGGAAUCCUACAAUAACAUGAGAGCAGAUACUGGACUAAGG